CUCCUCUUCACUCCCCAGGUGCUAUAAUGAGCAAGACAAUCGAAAGGUGCGAAAUUCUUCAACUGCCUUUGUCUCUUUCACGGUUUUACGUGCCAUGCGUCACUCAAUCCAUGCACGUUCACACAGCAGAAGUCCUUUACAGCUUAUAAUAUAUAUCACUCCUCGCAAUUUCAAGCACAGAGAAAAGCAGAGCAACAGAGAAAGAGAUGGCUAAAAAUGGUGGCGAGGCAGUGGUUGUGUGCAGCGACAAGAGCAUGGGAAUAGGGAUAACUAUAUGGGGCAUAGACACGGGGGAUCGUCUUCUUCACAUACCAACCUGUGCUUCUGCUCCUCAUGGUCUUGUGUGCCUGAGAAACCAGUUCCUUGUAGCUUCUCAGAUUCACAAACAUGGCUCUGUUGGAGGAGGGGCCAUUUCUAUGUGGCCCUUGAACAAGCCUCAGCAGCCUAUUCGGAGCUACCCUCUAGAGGCCAUUGGGCCACUUUCUUGCACAAAGGAUGGUGUAUAUCUUGCAGGUGGUGCCCUAUCUGGAAACGUUUACCUUUGGGAGGUUGCCAAUGGAAAAUUGCUCAAAACUUGGCGUGGACAUCAUAGAUCUUUGAACUGUAUGCUGUUUUCUGAUGACGGCUCUCUUCUCGUUUCUGCUUCAGAUGAUGGGAUGAUAUGUGUGUGGUCUAUGGUCGGUUUGCUGGACAUGGAAGAUUCUCAAAGCUUUCCCUCGUUAUUACAUUAUUCAAUGGAGCAUAAAUCCUCUAUAACUGGCCUGUUAACUACAUCAGGCAGCUCAAAUGUAGUCUUAAUAUCAAGCUCACUUGAUGGCUCAUGCAAGGUAUGGGAUUUAGUCUUGGGAAAGCUUAUGCAAACUCAAGUUUAUCCGCUAGCAAUAACUGCAGUUGUUCUUCACCCAGCAGAGCAGCUCUUUUUUUCUGGAAGUAUAGAUGGAAGAAUUUUUGUGAACAAACUUGAAAUCGGACUGGUCGAAAAUUCUUUGGCUGCUGCUGAAGAUAAAAAAUCUGUGAUAAAAGGACACAAGGGAGCUGUCACUGCAUUAACCUUCAGUCAAGCAGGUCUGGUAUCUGCAUUUGAGGACUGCACCAUCUGCAUCUGGGAUAUCACCAAUUGGGCAAUCAUCCGAAGAUUCGACCAUAAAAAAGGGGCUGUAACUAAUCUGGCAGUGAUUCCACAGUCCUCAUUGCUUUCUGUGUCAAACCAUCGGAGAGUUUCCAAUGCGUUUGGUGUUUCUUCGCUCGACAAGUAUCCACAGCCUCCCAACUCAUCCAAGGAGAAAAUGCCUCUUCUUUCAUCAUGCCACUUCCUCAAAGGAAACCAAACCACUCAUUCUGAACAACAAAUAUGUGACACAGAGGAAGAAUUCAGUCCUGCAGCAAUGCAAAUGAAGUUGGAAACCAGCCUAGAGCACCGGAUGUGGGCAACAAGAAUGGCAAAACAUGUGAUGGAGAUGAACACGCAUUUGCAGACACGUUUGUUAGACUUGAUGCAGAGCGGAUUGUUGCGGUCCACGUCUACUGAAAUGGAUUCACCUCCAACAAAAAAGAGAGAGACUCGCAUGUUUGAUGAGAGUCCCCCAUUUCAGGGAGAGGAGCAACCAUAAUCCUCUCAACUCAUCUUGUUCCCAUCCCAUGUCACAUGUGUUUCCUCCUUUUGUCUAUAGUGCAAUAGGAACGCACCAACUUUGCAAGUUUUUGCUUGGCUGCUCUCUUUUAUCCUUGCAAUAAUUGUGAUUAACUUAAAAACUGUUUCUUUCUUCUUGUAUCAAUGUACUCGUUGUCCAUCAAGAAAUUUCUCCUUUGUCAA